GCUCAGAGGCGGAGCCCGGGCAGGGCGGGAGCUUGGUCAUCUGACUCGGUGACCCGGGCACCAAAGCUUCUUUCCCUGUAUCCUGGGCAAGAAGGCAAGUUUGAGGACUGCAUGAUAGACCGCCCAGCAGCCAUGCGACCGUCCCCGCAUCGGACCCCCGAGCUCCUGCUGGCGCUGCUGGCGCUGGCGGCGCAGGCCUCGGCCCAGCAGACACCCGCACUGUGGCCCUGGCCGCGCUCCGUGAAGGUGUCCCCGGAGCUGCUGAACAUCGCCCCGGAAAACUUCCUUAUCUCCCACGGUCCGAAUUCCACGGCGGACCCCUCCUGCUCGCUGCUGCAGGAAGCCUUUCGGAGAUAUUACAAAUAUAUUUUUGGUUUCUACAAGAGGCAUCAUGGCCCUGCUAACUUUCAAGGUGGAGCUCAGUUAGAGCAACUUCAGGUGUCAGUUACCCUCCAGUCACAGUGUGAUUCCUUCCCUACUGUGUCCUCAGAUGAGUCCUAUUCUCUACUUGUGCAGGGACCAGUGGCUUUCCUCAAGGCUAACAGAGUUUGGGGAGCAUUACGAGGUUUAGAGACAUUUAGCCAGUUAGUUUACCAAGACUCUUAUGGGGCCUUCACCAUCAACAAAUCCAGUAUUACUGACUCUCCAAGGUUUGCACACAGAGGAAUUUUAAUUGAUACAUCCAGACACUACCUGCCCGUGAAGACAAUUUUAAAAACUCUGGAUGCCAUGGCUUUUAACAAGUUUAAUGUUCUUCACUGGCACAUAGUGGACGACCAGUCUUUUCCUUAUCAGAGUACCGCGUUCCCUGAGCUAAGCAAUAAAGGAAGCUAUUCUUUGUCUCAUGUCUAUACACCAAGAGAUGUCCACAAGGUGGUUGAGUAUGCCCGUUUCCGUGGAAUUCGUAUUAUACCAGAAUUUGAUACCCCUGGACAUACACAGUCUUGGGGAAAAGGUCAGAAAGACCUUCUAACUCCAUGUUACAUCGAAAAAAAGGAAACUGAAAGAGUUGGACCUAUAAACCCAACUCUAAAUACAACUUAUACAUUCUUUAACACAUUUUUCAAUGAAAUCAGCAGUGUGUUUCCAGAUGAGUUCAUUCAUUUGGGAGGAGAUGAAGUAGAUUUCCAGUGUUGUAUUUUGGAUAUUAUUACAUCCUUGAAGAAAGGCUCCAUUGUUUGGCAAGAGCUUUUUGAUGAUAAUGUAGAGCUUCGGCCGGACACAGUGGUUGAAGUGUGGAAAAAUGAAAAUUAUUUGGCGAACCUAAAAGAAGUCACAUCAUCUGGCUUCAAAGCAAUCCUUUCUGCUCCUUGGUACUUAGACAUCAUUAGCUACGGGCAAGACUGGGAAACAUACUACACAGUACAGCCUCUUAAAUUUGACGGUUCUAGGAAGCAGAAACAACUUGUCAUUGGUGGAGAAGCUUGCCUCUGGGGAGAAUACGUGGAUGCAACUAACCUUAUUCCAAGAUUAUGGCCUCGGGCAAGCGCUGUUGGUGAGAGACUCUGGAGUCCUGAAACUGUCAUUGACGUAGAUGAUGCCUACAGCAGACUGGUGAGACACCGCUGCAGAAUGGUCAGCCGUGGAAUAGCUGCACAACCUCUUUAUACUGGACAUUGUGGCCAUUAGCAUAAAGUGAAAAAAGUGAACAGAAAAGGCUACAGCAGUUUGAACUAUAAUCAUGUUGAUUUUGAAAUCAUGUAAAACUAUUUGUUAGGUUUUUUUUUAAUAAACUAUCUUUUUAUUGAUUGAC